AUAUCCUAACCGUUAAACCAGCGCUUGAUCAUUUUAUUUACUUUUUAUUUGCUCAUCAAACAUGGUUUAAAACUGAUCGUGAUUAUAAGAGUUGAAAGUUUAUUUUAUAUGAAGAAAAGAACUUAUAUAAGUCAGUGUUUGAGUCUUGUGAGGAGAAGACUUAUGGAAAAUAUUGUAUUAUUUAUAAAUAUUAUACUUUUAAUCUUUGAAUAGACGUUGAUUUGGUUUCCAACUUGUGAUAUCACUGAAAACAAAAUGGCUACCGGAGCAAAUCAGGUCGUCGCGGAAUGCAUUGAUCGUCAACAUACCGAUAUCACAAUGCUCUUGGUGGGGCAGACCGGACAUGGGAAGAGCGCCACUGCAAACAGCAUUCUUGGCAAGAAUGCAUUUAAAUCCAUGCGCUCACCGGGAUCCGUCACAGAUGACAUUGGACGAGACGUCGCUUUGAGGAAGGGGCGUCGCAUAGAAAUUGUAGACAGCCCUGGUUUUGCUGAUACAUCGAAGAGCGCCGAGUUUGUACAUAAAUGCCUUUUAAAGGCUGUCUUCCAGACAAUACCUGGCUUCACCGCGAUUGUAUUCAUAUUGAAUCCAGAAAGGUUCACAGAUGAACUUGUGAAAACCGUGAAUCUGUUCUUUGCAUUCUUUGGAGAAGGUGUUGACAAAUUUGCUUUCAUUCUCUUCACACACACAAAAUCAAAUGAAAGAAUGCAUGAAUAUAUAAAUAAUGCUUGUGCAAAGCCAACGGGCAAUGUGCAGGUCCUACUGGACUUAAUCGAACGGUGUAGAAGCAAGGUUAUGUACAUCGACAACGACAAAAAGAACGAAAAGAAGCAAGUCAUGGUUGAUGAAAUUAUUCGUACUAUUGAUGCAAACAUAGAGCGUGUAGGACAGGAAUAUUUCACCAAUGAAAUGUUUAAAAUUGCCAUGAACGAAGCCGACAGGUACAUGAAAGAUCAUCAUCCGAGAACAUCAUUUGAGAGAAAUUAUGCAAUUGAUAUGGUAGAGAUGAGAAUUAAAACUAAACCAGAAGAUAAAGGCAUCGAGACAGCUAAGAGUGAAAAGGAUUUUGCGAAGCAACAUAGAAUAUCAAUAGGGCGAGACGCAUUUGAAGAGCGCAGGAGAAUUUUCGAAUUUGCGACACAACACAAUCAUAUUCACAAACCGACAUGCAAAACAGUAGCACAAUAUGAAAGUGAUCUUGAAAAAAGUUAUAUUUCUAGAAAGUGUACUGAACCAGUACUUUCAAGUCGUUGUUCAAUAAAGAUUCAUGAUGAUACUUAUAAUGCAUUACAUGAUGUUAGGCAACAGGUAGACUUCGAUAAUCAAUCUGUGAGGGAAAGUGACGAGGACAGGCCAGCACCACGCAGAAAAUACGACCAAUUUAAAAACAAAGUCAUCAACGAUAAGAAUUUCUUCGAAACACUAGUUGAAGCCUUAAAAAAGUGGUUUAAUACCCACUUUAAAACAAUGAACAAAGUUUUCCCGCAGUUUAAAGAUAUGUAAAUAAAAGCAAGAAAAAAUAGUAAAUGCAUCAUUGUUUUGAACAUUCUAUUUCAUUAUUAAACAGCUAGCGAUUAUACAUCUUCAAAUAAGAAUGUUAUUUUAAGAAGUUUAAACUUAACGUCUGUACCAUUUUAAUGGAUACUUUUUAAAUGUAUAUGUUAUCCUGUUAUUUUAAUAAAUAUGGAAGAUUUAAUGCUCUGAUAUGUAAUUGCACAACCACAUGUAUUUGUAAUAGAACCUCAUCAUACAUUGUCUAAGAAUAUGUCUUUCUUUUCUGUGUACUUUGUAUACUUUGUUUGCAUAUAAUUUGACGGUUUAGUUUAUCUUUUACUCAUUUUUACACAAAUGUAGAACGUUUGGAUAUUUUAUUAUACUUUCACGUUGUUUAUAUAAGUAUAUUAAAGUACUUUACACUGUGUUUAUAUGCGUGUAUUUAAAGGAAUAUCAAGACUAAGUGUAAUUACUAGUUGUAUAAAUGA